AUGGGGCCCAAGGCUGCGCGGGGAGGCCGCCUCCGCGCCCCGCUGAUUGGUCGAGCCUCCGGGCUCAUCAUGCUCUUUUGUCUCAAUGGGCAAAGGCUGAAAAAUCGGCGGCUGUUGGGAAGGCCUAGCGGGCCCUCGGAGGUAUGGUGGCAUCCACGGUGGUACAAGCGGGACCAUCCGUUGCCCGCUGGCCGAGUACAGGUACAGAAAGGGGCUGCGACUGCCCAGCGCGGAGAGAGGCCCAGGGCGGGAGACUCACCAGGACUGCAGGACUCCAUGCCUGGUCGACUUACCCUAGAAGCGAGCUUUCACAUAUACCGAGGGCACCUGUUACAGAGGCUGGACACGAAAAAAAAGGUGUACACUUGUUUUGGAGCUCAGUUUCUAUUGAGAUACAAAGAAUGCAGAGACCAGGAACAUUGCUUUAGGAAUUCCUCCCAUAGACUAGGAUUUUCUGAAAAGCCUGAGCAUCUUGUCAUAUAUAGACUAUCAUUAAUCCUCAUUGCAUGCGUGGGUAAUAGCUGGUGGCUGAACACACCCUUGCUGACUUGGGCCCAUUCCAUGUUGAGGUCCUUAGGGAGCAGUCUUGGUCUUCUAAGGGUUAACAUGGCAGAAGGAAAAAAGUUGUUUUCAAGAAGGGAAGAAACCUUUGAAAACUAGCUAAUCCAAGUCAGUGGGGUCCUGCCAGAUUGGAAUAUGUCUGAGGAGGAAAAACUCAAAUGCUUGAUGAAAACACUUAGAAGCCCUGCCCGGGAGGUUAUGCAUUUGCUUCAGGCAGCCAACCCCAGCCUAAGUGUGGCAGAUUUCAUGCAGGCAAUGAAAUUGGUGUCUGGGGAGUCUGAAAGCAGUGUGACUACUGCUCAUGGCAAAUUUUUAAACACCCUACAAGAACAAGGGGAGAAAACCUCCCUUUAUGUGAUCCGUUUAGAGAUGCAGCUCCAGAACACUAUUCAGGCAGGGAUCAUAGCUGAGAAAGAUGCAAACCAGACUAGCUUGCACCAGUUCCUUGUAGGGGCUGAACUGAAUGGGGACCUGCACUACAGGCUGAAGCAUCUCCUUAGGAUGUAUGCAAAUAGUCAGGAGCAUCUUUUCAAUUUCCUGGUAUUAAUCAAGAUAGUAAGAGAGGAGGAUUGGGAUGAUAAUUUUAUGAAGCAAAAAGAGGUCAGGAGAUCUGAGCUAAUCAUGGAGAGUGCAGCAAGUCAUGUGGCAUUUCAGGGCAUGCAACCAAUUGUGAUCAACAGUGCUGACUGGAUAAUGGAGCUAGAUGAUAUCCUCAAUGACUCAGAUGAGGAUGUGAUCCUAGUGGACCCUCCACUUCCAUAAGGUGCCCCUCCCCUCAGAGAUAGGGCCAGACCUCAGGAUCAAACACUGGUCAUUGAUUUCCCCAACAGUUCCCAGGUUCAAUCUCCCAAGUCCAUCAGUGGUGGUUCUGGGUAUAAGAAUGACGAUCCUGGGGAUAUGCAUAGGAGCAGAAAGCAAAGAUACACAAGCUGCUGUUCAUACUAUGGCAUGGACGGUCACUCCAAGGAAACCUGUGACAACUUGUUAGAGAAACAAGCCCAUGUAUUUGAGAACCUGAUUAUCACCCUUCAUGAGCUGACACAUACAGAGGAAGGAUCAAAAGAGGUCCCUGGUGAACACAGUGGCCCCUCUGAGCCACAGUAA